GGAAGUGCAGACACAUUAAACCAGAGAACGUUACUAUCACAGUGGGACUGAAACUACACACAGACGAGGCGAUGCGUCUGCUGAGCUCUGCCCUGACCCCAUACCUUCACAACUGCAUAGGGUUCACCCUAAAGAGAGCAGCCUCAUCAGGGACCAUGCAAAUCAACGAUCCUCUAAACUUCUGGGGUGGCCGAAGAGUCGACACAAGGGACGUUACGGGCUUAGAACCGGUUUACGAGCCUGCAACUGGACGUCUGUUGUGUCAGCUGCAGCCCUGCAGAGCGGCACAGGUCGAGGAGGCCGUAAGCAGCGCCCAGUCUGCCUUCACACAGUGGAGUAAGAUGGCUGGAAUGGACAGAGCCAGGAUCUUGCUGCAGUCAGCUCGACUCAUUGAGAAAAGAAAAGAGGAGAUUGCCGAGGUGGAGGUGGUAAACAACGGCAAGUCAAUUACAGAGGCCCGUAUGGACGUGGACUCAGCCCGACUGUGCAUCGAGUAUUUUGCAGGCCUCGCCACGACUAUGGCAGGCCAGCAUGUACAGCUUCCAGGUGGAUCGUUUGCUUAUACUCGCAGAGAGCCGCUGGGUGUUUGUGUUGGAAUAGGGGCGUGGAAUUACCCGUUCCAAAUCGCAGCAUGGAAGUCAGCUCCAGCUCUUGCCUGUGGAAAUUCGAUGGUAUUUAAGCCGUCUCCUGUGACCCCAGUGAGUGCGGUGCUGUUGGCAGAGAUCUACAAACAGGCUGGAGUUCCAGAUGGUCUCUUUAACGUGGUACAGGGCGCUCAGGAGACUGGCACUCUGCUUUGCCAACACCCUUCUGUGGCAAAGGUCUCCUUCACAGGAAGUGUAGCAACAGGCAAGAAGAUUAUGGAAAUGGCCUCUCAAGGCGUGAAGCCAGUGACACUGGAGCUCGGCGGCAAAUCUCCGCUCAUCAUCUUCGAGGACUGCGACCUAGAGAAUGCCAUUCGGGGAGCACUUAUGGCCAACUUCCUUUCCCAGGGCCAGGUGUGCAGUAAUGGAACCCGAGUAUUUGUACACAAAUCGAUCCUUCCUCAGUUUUUGAAGGAGGUGGUGAGGAGAACCAAAGCAAUUCGGAUCGGAGACCCUCUGCUGGAGGACACGCGCAUGGGAGCGCUGGUCAGCAAGCCACACCUACACAAAGUGCUGGGAUAUGUGGAGCAAGCCAAGAAAGAGGGAGCCCGAGUGCUGUGUGGAGGGGAGCUGUUUACGCCCGCAGAUCCCAAGCUCAAAGACGGAUAUUAUAUGACUCCAUGUGUGCUUGAUAACUGCACUGAUGACAUGACGUGUGUCAGAGAAGAAAUCUUUGGACCUGUGAUGUCAGUGUUGACGUUUGAGACGGAGGACGAGGUUCUUCGGAGGGCCAAUGACACCACCAUGGGCCUGGCUGCUGGAGUUUUCACAAAAGACAUUCAGAGAGCACAUCGAGUGAUUGAGAACCUGCAGGCUGGAUCCUGUUUUAUCAACAACUACAACAUAACGCCUGUGGAGGUGCCAUUCGGUGGCUACAAAACUUCAGGUAUAGGAAGAGAAAACGGCCAGGUGACGAUCGAGUACUACUCACAGCUCAAGACUGUAGUGGUCGAGAUGGGAAACGUGGAGAGUCUCUUUUAAACACACAGGUCACAGAAAGGGUCUCUCACAAACGCUCAAGGACUUCUCAUUACAAUUUCAUCUAGCAUAAAAAUUAAUUCUAACAGAGUUAAUCACAACAUAUCAUUUGUAGGAUCAUAAAGAUCUUCGUAAAAUGUACAUAUAAACAUACACUACUUAAAUAUAAGAGUAAAUGAAGAUGCGUUAAAAAAGCAUCUUGUGCCAUAGUCAUGGUUGACAAUUACAGCUUAGAGACUGUAGAGACUUUAGAGUCUAUGGUUAUAAAAAAAACUUGUUGCAGCGUUGUGCUUCAAUUUGUAAACAAACGAAAAAGUGAGGACCAUAAAAAUGUGGGUGAGUCUCUUGUGUAGGAACUUCUGUCACCCUUCUACAAAUGCUCAUUCGACUACAUGGGUACGAAGUCUCACCCCAAGAUCAUUUUAUCAUUGUUAUUAAUGUUAUUAAAGCCUGAAAGUGAUCAACAAAUCAGUUCAUAUCUGCACUAUUCCUGCAGAUGCAGCCCUUACAGAAAAGUUACAUGUUUUUAAAUUAUUUAUUAUUUGUUUAUGUAUUGUAAUUACAUACAAUUAUUGUAAAGACAUACAAAAUAAAGAAAAAUGUUGUUAUUAAAACAUAUGGGGGCAGUUGGGUGGGGUGGCAGCCUAAUAAGCUCAUCCCCCUGCCACAAGAGUUUGACUCUCAGGCCUGGCUGGGUGCGUUUUCUGUGUCUGAGGGAGAGAGGAUCGGCUGAGGCUUCUCCUCACUAACACUGCACCGACGCCAGUAACAAUGCUGAGAUUCAAACUCAAGACCUCAAAGACUCUGCAGUGGUCAGCUAGCAUAUUAGGCCGCUGUGCCACCAGAGCGCCCAGAACUAUUGUAUUAAGCCCAUUUUGUCAAAUAAACUGCAGCCUUUGCGAGGGCAUCCUUUUUCAAUUAAAACAUUUUAACAAAUCCUA